CUCUGUGGGUGACUCAAUCGAUUUAUUUUUUAUUUGGGAAGAACAACAACGAUGGAGACUCCAAAGACUCUCCAACGACGCGAUAAACUUCACAACACAUUGACUAUCGUAAUUUCGAUUCUUGCGCUGACAUUGAGUUCAAUCACGUUUAUUAAGAAUGAGUACAGGUAUUCUAGUUUGGCUGAAACGAUUGGGAUACUAGACAAGAAGUCCCAGGAUUACGCAGUCUGUUUGGAGAGUUUAAAGUUGAAGAGUUAUCAUCAUGCUCUAAAGACAAAACGACAGGCAACGCAAGGUGAUAUUGAUUUCCCAACUGACGAAGAAAUGCGUCAAAAUAUCGACAAAGAAAUCAAAAGACAGGUUCAUAUUUUUAUGAAUAAUUUGCACAAAAUCUACAGCGUACAAAAUGAAAAGUUGGUAAUCGUUGGAGCCAAGGGAGAACCAGGCCCUCCGGGACAAAAAGGAUCGAAGGGAGAAAGGGGACCAAGAGGAAAAAAGGGAGUUAAGGGACCKCCUUCAGAAAAAGGUCAAAAAGGAGAAGCAGGAGUAUCCGUAGCAGCGCCCUCGAUCACAAUCCCACCUAAAGCCAAGACUGUUCACUUAGGCAAGACUGUCACCUUUUCUUGUACAGCUGAAGGUCUCCCGACGCCCAUAGUUACGUGGUACAGAAUGUCUGGCGCCUUGCCAUCUGGCAACCACGAGAUAUAUAGCAAUGGAUCUCUCGUCAUAAGGAGCGUGCGUAAAGGCGACGAAGGGAUCUACACAUGCUUAGCGAAUAAUAUCUUAGGAGAAGCAAAGGAGUUUGUGUCGUUUAACAUAAUUUUGCCUGUAGAGUUUGUGCAAAGACCAAAGAACCGUGUAGUGAAAGAGGGAUCUAUAGCAGAGAUCUAUUGCAAGGCACAAGGCUUCCCGCAGCCGGUGAUAAGUUGGUACAAAGGCAAUCAAACCGACCGUGGUGAAAAACUUGAUACCAAUUCAGAUAGAAUAACUUUUGUCAAGGCUGUUAGCCAAGACAGUGGAAUCUACACAUGCAUUGCGAAAAACAUCGUCAACCAAGUACAAGCGAAAGCAGAGUUCCUUGUGGUAGAGAACAUAAGAUUUACCUUACUACCACCCGCGCGCACCAAGGCCCAUGUUAGCCAGACUGUUAGCAUCGAUUGUCAAGGGCAUAGUGGGAAGAUGGUAGCAAAGAUUUCCUGGACAAGAAAUGAUGGGCGGUUAAUAAACAAACACCAAGUACUCCCCAAUGGAACUCUAGUGUUAAACGUAUCAUCAAAGACCGAUGCUGGAGAGUAUAUUUGCAUUGCUAGUAACCCACUUGCUUCUAUCAACUCAACUCUUGUACUUGAUGUCUAUGUGAGAUCAUGUAGUGAAUGGAAAAUGACAGGUGCGACCAGGAACGGUGAUUACUUCAUUAACACUGAUGUUCCUGGCGGUGUAGAAGGAUUGAAGGUUUACUGUGACAUGGAGUACAGGAAAGGUGCUGGAGUUACUGUGAUUGGUCAUGAUAGUGAGAUGAGAACUCUGGUUGAAGGAUUUCCCUAUCCUGGUAGCUAUGUUCGAAACAUCAACUACACAAGCGCCUCCGAACAGCAGAUCAACUCUAUCAUCAAAGCAUCAGCAAACUGUGAACAGUUCAUCAAGUACGAAUGCCUUAACUCGGUCCUCCUGUGGCACGGCUUGUCUUAUGGGUGGUGGGUCUCACGUGAUGGACAAAAGAUGGACUACUGGGGAGGCUCGUCCCCGGGAACCUGGAAGUGCGCAUGCGGAAUAACAGACACGUGUCAGGGAGGGUUCGGAUGUAAUUGUGACGCAAACGAUGGCAAGUGGCGGGAGGACAGCGGUUUGCUUAAUGACAGAUCAACUCUCCCAGUCUCCCAACUGCGGUUUGGUGACACAGGAAACCCGCGUGAGGAAAAGGGGUUCCAUACACUUGGAAAACUCAAGUGUUAUGGCAUAGCCUGAAAGACUACAAGUUAGGGGCGAAACACUCUAUUCAUGAUAAAGUACUACAUAAAAAGCAUUAAAUAGCGCUCAUGGUACAAUUGAAAAUAAUAGACACUGCAAUACAAUGUAGCUAUUAUGAAUUUGUACUUUCUUUUUUAUUAUUACUGAUUAUUAUUGAAUUGUCAGUACUGAAUUAUAGUUACAUUAUUUAUAUUGAUGGAAUCUGACUGCAAUAUAAUUAAAGAUUUUUUUCAGCACUGCAA